AUGGAGGGUCCUUGGCUGAAGAUGGCCACUCCACAACACUUCUGCUUCCUUUAUUCACUUCGCUCUCCCAGCUACUUGAAGACUCAGAUCGUAUCUCCGAGGAGGUUCCUUGAAGUCCACCAGGAUGUCCUGCCCACAGUACAAAGCAGGCACAGCAAAAGGGGGCGACACUGUAGCAUUUGGGAACAACGCCGAUGCAAAGGGGGGCAACACCUCAGCAGCAGGGAACCAAGCCUUUGCAAAGGGGGGCGACACCACCGCAUACACCAACGCCUCAGCAACGGGGGGCAAUACCUCAGCAACAGGGGCCUGUGCCAAAGCAGUGGGGGGCAACGUCACUGCACAGUAGUGACCACCUCAGCCAUACUAACCCCAAUAUUAGCCUUACUACCCCGCUUGGUAGCCAUACUACCCCCCCAUGUCAGCCAUUCUGCCCCCCUCCCCGGCAAUGCUACCCCAAGCAGCAGGAUCAAAACCCGAAAUGCUGUUAAGAAGCUGUUGAAGGCAACGUCCGGAAGGGGGAUGGAGAAAGACAAAGUCCAUCUCUUGAGAUCUUCCAACCUCAACCAACACGGAAGCCCACCAAGAAAACAAGGCCCCUGGGAAUUGAUGCUUCAAGACACCUUCCACGCAACUCCGGGGUGGCUUAUUUCGUUGGCUUCUCGAAGGCCAACCCAACCACCGAAAGACCAUACGGUUGGAGAACUCGGCAGCCAAAACCAUCAUGAGAACUUCCAAGAAGAACAGGGCUCUUGAUCCUGGAUCAUGUCAUCGUCUUCUCCUACCUUCCCCCUUCCUGGUGCCUUGCCCUGUGCUCUGCUUCUCUGCUGGCAAAAUCUUAUUAAAGUGCAUGAAUUAGCUGA